AUGGAAUGGCACGAUAAAUGGACAUCACUCUUCGGUGUCACGGUUGCCAUGAUCAUCUUGCCACUUGUCGUCGUUCCUUUACGCUGCUAUGUCCGAAUCACACGGCGUGCUUCCAAGAUCGAUGACUGGCUCAUCAUCGCGGCACUAAUUUUUCAUCUUGGAGCUUGCGCAGUCACGAUGUGGGGAUAUGAAUAUGGGCUCGGUAUGCCCGAUAAGGAUAUCAGCCUGGAGAAUCAGAUGAAAGGUGUCCAGGUAUAUGGUCUAGGAAGAAUCCUUCUCUUCGAACUUCUGGAGUGUGGACUUGGCAUCUUUGCGUCCUGCGCACCAGCAUUGAAGCCUUGGUUCUCUGCUUCCAUGACCUCUUUGACGUCUCUGUUGCAUCGGUUGACGAAGUGGACCACACUAGGCUCACACGUCACGGCCUCAGAACACAAAAACCAUCAUCAUCUACAAGACCUAGAGAAAGCAGAGCAGGGUGAGCAAACGCUAUCUUCUCGUCCGACAUCCGCUGUAACAGCACCUCCUAUUCCUCGAAUGGAUCUCGUGAUUCCCGAUAUUGAGGACACUGUCAUGGAUACUGUCAUGGACGGACAAGACAAGGCAUGGGACGGAUACCAGUAUCCAGUAUCCAGUAGUAGGCCGAGUGUUGUGCCCGUUAUCAUCGUCUCGAGCUUCCGAGCUGAGAGUGGUGAUUAUACGAGUACGUGGGAUGUCGCUAGAGAGAGCGAUCAUGAUGAUGGGCCUUCACGGGCAUGA